AUGGCGCUCCUGUACACUGCAGGGCUCAGUAGCGGCGGCACAUGCAACGAAGUGCGUUCAUCUGUAUUCGAUUCUGCAUCGGUAGCCGGCAACGGAAGCGGUGCUGUGGUACCACCGCCGACGCGCAGCGAGUCACAAACAUUGACAGUUACCGAAAGCUUCCCAAUCACACGCACGGAGUUGGGGGCAGUCAGCGGCAGCUGGCCCACGUAUGAGCCAUCUCUGGUGGCACAGACCAAACGUAGCUGCAGUGCGCCCAUACCCAGCGUGGAGUUGCGCCAAAAGGCAUUGGCAGCCUGCAGCUCAAACUCCAGGACUCCGACAUUCCACGCAGACUGCGACAGCUCAAAGUUGGACCAGUUGAAACUCUCAUCCCAGCAUGCUACUGUCGUCUUGCCGCUCUUCACGGUGGUCGUGCGCUCUGAACCGAAGCAGCGCAUGACCACGAGCGGAUCCACCGGCGUGCCGCCCGGUUGUUGA